AUGUCCCCCCGAUUCAGACUUGUAUUCUUCGCUCCCCCCUCCGCCGUGCCAGCCUGCAAGACAGCGAUCUUUUCUGCAGGCACCUCCCAGUUUCGUCCUGGGGACGCAGCGAAUCCGCACAUUGGGAAGGUGGGGGAACUGGAGACUACGGAGGAGGUCAGGGUAGAGGCAUUGUGCGCUAGUGAGGAUAUUGCCCGGAAAGCUGUUGAGGCACUGAAGAAGUGA